ACAAACUUGUCCUUGUCACUCAUUUCUGUUCCAGUUAAGCUGUCAGGUCAACUUAAUGACGAGUCAUCUUCUCACUUUGUAUCAAGUCCUUUCCAUCGUACUAUAUCCUACAAGCGCUUCUGGCUACGACGGGUGUAGGCAGCCUGAUUGGUAUUACUGCGCAGAGCAUGAUCCGAGCUUCCUCAACAGGCUGUUCUUUACAUCCAACGUCGACGGUACUGGAGGCUACCUGAGGUCUUUCCUUUACGAUGCGGCCCAACACCAGGCGACUUUCUACACACCUUACCAGAUAGAUGAAGCAGGUUACAUUACUUUCGGCGAUGGUACACCAGGACAUUCUAUAAACGACACUGCGAGGUUCCCUUACAUGAGCGCCGAAUAUACUCUCAAGUACGACGCUGGUAGAAACUCAGUUACAGCAACUGGUCGGUCUGGUCUUAUUCUUCGCUUCACUCCCCAAGCCUGCUCAUCGGGGAGCCCCCCUCCAGGUGAGCUCAGUAGGCCGUUGUCCGCGGUAGAAGGAGGUCCUCCACCACUGUAUCCUUUUCCGUACUAUUGUGGCGACAGAAUGUGCUUUACAAUUGGAAUAUCUUUCAAUAAAUGGAUUAUAUGGGGCUGGAUUUCUACCGAACCGUUGGUGAAUACACCUUGUUGGCAUGCAGUAACUGUUUGGUCUCCAUUUGAUGUGACCAAAGAAGCCGGGAAUGUCACGGCACCAUUUUCAUCUUUCCACUUUACCAUAGUGCGAGUGGACGGCUCCGUGCUCAAAUUGCAGCCUCAUAAUAGCGAUGAGCAUCCUACACUGCUGCAGGGGUACAACAACUUGCCAUACCAUUGCCCACUAGGGAGUGGAUAGUUUCGUGGCUUUAGAUAGAAAAUCAAUUUUGGACAACAUUCAUCGUUAUCAAUGCUCACUUCUUUUCU